UUUAUUGAUCAAUUAUUAUAUUUUUUGGAUCUAUCUCAAAAUUUAUAGGCAAUGUUUAGCUCGAAAUCUCAACCGCGAGUGCUGCGGCAAUGCUAUCGUUGUUGGCAACUAACACAGCCCGGUCAGCUGCGCACAUUCAAGGUGACCGUUGUAGGAGCCGCCGGUGGCGUUGGCCAACCCCUUUGCAUGCUGCUCCGGUUAAAUAAACUGAUCACAGAGCUGGUGAUGCACGAUUUAAAGGAAUGCAAGGGCGUGGCCACGGAUAUAUCACACAUAUGCACACAACAGGAUGUGAAGAGCUAUGCCGGAGCUGCUAAUUUGGGCAAGGCUAUAAAAUGUGCCGACAUUGUCAUCCUGCCUGCUGGUCUGCCCCGCAAGCCCGGCAUGCAGCGAGAUCAGCUGUUCGAUGCCAAUGCCACAGUGGUGGCUAAGGUGACCCAAGCAGUGGCCGCCAAUGCGCCGAGUGCCUUGUUCGCGAUCAUCACGAAUCCCGUGAAUUCGCUCGUCCCCAUGGCCGCCGAGAUUCUCAAGCAGGAGCAGGCCUAUGAUCCAAAUCGGCUAUUCGGUGUCACCACACUGGAUGUGGUGCGCACUGAGAAGUUUGUCAGCGACUAUUUGAAUGUGCAGCCGCAGAAGGUGAAGAUACCCGUAAUUGGGGGACAUUCCGGCAUCACCAUACUACCCGUCUUCUCGCAGUGCAAGCCCGUCUUUACCGGCGAGCCCGACUGCAUUGCCGCGAUGAAAAAGCGCAUUCAGAAUGCCGGAAAUGAGGUGGUCAAGGCCAAGGCCGGCAAGGGUUCUGCCACAUUGUCGAUGGCCUUUGCGGCCGCUCGACUCAUGAACGCCAUGCUGCUGGGCCUGAAGGGCGAAAAGGGUCCGCCCGAGUGCGUUUUUGUCGAAUCUAAGGUCACGGAAUGUCCAUUCUUUGCCACACCCAUCGAAUUUGGCCCAAAGGGCAUAGCCCAAAAUUUGGGCUUGCCCGAGCUGGACGACACUGAGAAGGAGGACCUCAAAAAACUUAUACCCGAACUCAAGAUAGCCAUCGAUGCGGGCGUUAAGUAUGCGAAGAGUUUGUAAAUAUGGGGAGACAAACUUUAAAUUAGUUCGGGCGGAGAUCAGAAAAUAUUUUCCAUUUGAUAAGCAGCGAUUUAUCAACAACAGGAUGUGAAAAGGAAAAAAGGAAAAGGAGCUCAGACCAGAAAAAAAUAUAUAGAAAUUAAAAAUGUGCUGUAAACUUUGUCCAUUUAA